AUGCCUCUUCCUCCAAUCACUAUCGGCUCCUGGGACAACCUUGAUCCCGCCUCCAACAUCCUCGGCCGCGUUUUCGAUCGAGACCCUGUGCUCCGGUUUAUGCUCUGUAACCUUUCCGACGAUCAGUACAACGCGUACCUGCAAGCGUACUGGCGCGGCCUCUGCCGAACCGCCCUUCUUAACGGCGCAAUUAUCCUGGAAGCUGACGGGUGGAAAUCGGUCGCAGUCAUACUCCCACCUGGCAGAAAUGUCGACAGCCCAUGGACAAUCAUUCCCGCUGCGUUUGGAUUCUCUGGGGUGCUUUGGCGCAUUGGUAUUUCUGGCCGGCCCGUCAACGCGGCGAAGAAGAGAGUACUUGGGAAUCGGCAGCACUACUACGUCUUUGCGAUUGGGACCGAGUACGAGCACCAAGGGAAGGGUACGAAUGCCUACCCAAAGACCUAA